AUGGAAGCGGAGGGCGCGCGCAGCUAUUCCCUUGAGCAAGCUCAGGGUUUUUAUUUAUUUCCAUUUCAACAAAUGAUGGCGGAAGCUCCUAACAUGGCCGUCACGAAUGAACAGCAAGUGCCAGCAGAAGGUCCUACCCCAGCUCCCGCCCAGGAACCAGCACCAGAGGCUCCAAAACGAAGGAAAAGAAAAGCCAGAACAACAGAACCUCAGGCCCCAGUGGAACCCAAAAAACCGGCUGCAUCAAAAAAAUCUGGCAAGUCUACAAAGUCAAAAGAAAAGCAAGAAAAUCAAGAAAAAAUUACAGACACAUUUAAAGUGAAAAGAAAAGUAGAUCGUUUCAAUGGCGUUUCCGAAGCUGAACUCUUGACCAAGACUCUUCCUGAUAUUUUGACCUUCAAUCUAGAUAUCGUGAUUAUUGGCAUUAACCCAGGACUAAUGGCUGCUUACAAAGGACAUCAUUAUCCUGGACCUGGAAACCAUUUUUGGAAGUGUCUGUUCAUGUCUGGAAUGAGUGAGGUGCAGCUGAAUCAUAUGGAUGACCACACCUUACAUGGAAAGUAUGGGAUUGGAUUUACCAACAUGGUGGAAAGGACGACACCAGGCAGCAAAGAUCUUUCCAGUAAAGAAUUUCGUGAAGGAGGGCGUAUUCUAGUACAGAAAUUACAGAAAUAUCAACCACGAAUAGCAGUGUUUAAUGGAAAAUGUACUUAUGAAAUUUUUAGUAAAGAAGUUUUUGGAGUAAAAGUUAAGAACUUGGAAUUUGGGCUUCAACCCCAUAAGAUCCCAGACACAGAAACUCUCUGCUAUGUCAGGCCAUCCUCCAGUGCAAGAUGUGCCCAGUUUCCCCCAGCCCAGGACAAAGUCCAUUACUACAUUAAGCUGAAGGACUUGAGGGACCAGUUGAAAGGCAUUGAACGGAACACAGACGUUCAGGAAAUACAAUACACAUUCGACCUGCAGCUUGCCCAAGAGGAUGCCAAGAAGAUGGCUGUCAAGGAAGAGAAGUAUGAUCCAGGCUACGAGGCAGCAUAUGGCGGUGCCUACGGCCAGACCCUGUGCAACAGUGUGCCCGGUGGCCUACCUUCAAACGGGCUGUCUGACAGUGCGGAGUUGAGAGGAGAAUCAGCUUUGAGUGACAUUCCGAAUGGGCAGUGGAUGACCCAAUCGUUUACAGACCAGAUUCCUACCUUUAAUAAUGGUGGCACUCCGGAGCAGGAAGAAGGCAGCCAUGCCUAA